AUGUCUGAUCGCAUAAGUGGUGUUCACCACACUACUACUACUACUACUACUACUACUACUACUACUACUACUACUACUACUACUACUACUACUACUACUACUACUACUACUACUACUACUACUACUACUACUACUACUACUACUACUACUACUACUACUACUACUACUACUACUACUACUACUACUACUACUACUACUACUACUACUACUACUACUACUACUACUACUACUACUACUACUACUACUACUACUACUACUACUACUAGCUCUCCACAGCGGGUAACUGUACUAAAUAGGCAAGCAUACCACUUUGGUUGA